CAUAUUCCACCGCGUCAUACACCACCUCCUCCGGAUCAAUCUACAAAUUCUGAUGAUUAUAGAUUUGAAAAUGGAAAUCAAUCCACUCUAGUUGAUGAAUUUGAGAAGGAGAAAAAAUCUCAAUAUUCGUUUCACCAGGGACCUUACGAUCAUUCCGAAAAUUCUACGAUAAUGACAGACGAGAUGGGUAGAGACAUUAAUGCAAAUGAGAGUGAUUAUAAUUAUGGUCAACCACAAAAGCUAUUUCACAAAUCUUCACAAGAUAAUUCCUGGAAUAGAAUUCGAACUCAAAACACAACUUCAACUACUUGGGACAAAAUCCGUGCAAAUGCUAAACUUGAGCAACAAAAACAAAUUAAUGACAAUAGUUCACGACAACAAAAGUUCGCUAGUAAGGAUGAUACUGGUGGUGAUAAAUAUUCUAUGGGUUUACCAAGAACCAGAGAAGAAUUUGAUGAAUAUCGUCGUGGUAAAAUUAGAACCAACCAAUUUGGGGAUACAGAAUUUCGAUAUGACGAAUGA